AUGUACGACGUCUCUCGACAACAAACCCUAAGUAUUGUUAGACCCGUCCCAUUCGAUGCAUCAGUAUCACUCUUUCGUAUCCCCAAAGCUACGACUUGGUCCGAAGACUCCAAUCCAGACACCCUCAUUCUGCCAGCCGUUUACGCAAAGAAAGGGAAGCUUCAUAGACUCAGUUUCAAAUAUGGUGUCGAGACAUACCUACAAACCCAGCUAGACGUAUCCAGGCUGAACGAGAUCCAUGACCACCUCUGGAUGGUCGGAAAACCGAUGCCUGGCCGCCCUUUACAUCAACACCUCAUGUACGGUCGGAAGAUUGUGUGCUCAGAGCAGGCCGACCUUCACCUGUUGUGGGAUGACUCUCGGAUUUUUAUCAAGCCAUGCUCAGAUUAUCUGCUGUCGUUUGAAUUUUGGGAGCGUUAUCUGUGCUGUGGCAACGUCAGUCUAUGGGAGACGGCUGCCGGUGUGCUUCAGUCGUAUACGUGGCUGAUCCAGGACAAAUCCGACUGGAAGAUUGCACAAGCAGAGGGCAUCCUUUCUCAAUCCAUCACCUGGGAGCGCUGGACCGCCUUCGUUUCUUCUUUUACCAGUCACUUUGAAGCACUAGGUCUUGAUGUCAACCCACGAUUCAAAUACGGCAAUCUUCGCCUCAACCGGAUUCAAUGGAUAUGGCGUUUUCGAUCCCGUACCGGGGGUGUGCACGCAUUCGUCAAUGGAUAUCUGAACCCAUACUCGAGUUACCGCAAUUUCUUCAACCAGAUGGUUGCGCCAAUUACGGUGGCCACUGUUUAUUUUGCACUCAUCUUAGCCGCAAUGCAGGUCGGACUAGCUACUACGAGGCUACAAGAGAGCGAUGCGUUCCAGGGCGUGUCCAUGUGCUUUACUGUGCUGGCUAUUGUUGGACCUGCCGCGACUGUUGCAGUGUUAGUAGCGGGAGUAAUGGGUUAUGUGUUUAUCUGGAACUUAUGUCAUGCUGUCAGGUUAAGGAGGAUGGAGAGAUUGGAAUCAAAGAUACUAAGGAAGCAACAAGUAUAA